AGCCCAAAGCUUGGGCAGCACCCCUCAGAGUACAUACCAAGUGUGCUCGCUCCAAUGGUAAUGCAUGAAAUACACGGACCUUCUACCACUUAACCCAAGGGGGGAAGCCGGGAGGAGUAUCGUGCGCUGCAAUAUAGGAGGAUCCAUUCUUGCAUAAAAUAGAACUAUUGUGUAUUUUUUUGAGAACUUAGCCAUAUUGGUCCAUCUUCAUGUUUUCAUAGUGGUGUGUGUCUAUCUGUGUAAAUUAUCAAGAGAGAGAGAGAGAUUUGUUCAGUUCAGCACUGCCACAUUGGCAAAAGACUGACGCAGACGACAACUCACCAGCUGGUAUUGAACUUUAAGCGGAAGGGGGAGUGUUUGUUAAUUUGGUCAUCGGAGAGAGAUAACAUCAGAUUUAAUUACAUCUGAUGGUCGGAUGUAGCCCCCUGAAUGAAUAAAUAAUUAGGAUUAAUUUCUUGUCAGAUUAGAACCCGACACACAGCCACCAUGGUCAUCCUCGUAAAGGGAGACUUUGUGUGGCUUGAGGACCCCAGGAAAGAUGGCCUGAAGGUUCCGAUCGGAGCAGAGGUUAAAAUUGCGGAUUCUGGUCAACUUCAACUGACCGACGAUGAAGGCAAAGAGCAUUGGUUGUCGGACAAGGUGGCGCAGAAGCUGCGCACCAUGCACACAUCUUCCAUUGGUGGUGUGGAAGACAUGAUUUUACUGGGAGACCUCCACGAGGCUGGCAUCUUGAGGAAUCUACACAUGAGAUAUAAGGCCAAUUUCAUUUAUACGUACACCGGAACGAUCCUUGUAGCUGUCAACCCGUAUCAAGUCUUGCCCAUCUACAUGAGGGAACAGAUUGAGUUGUACAGGGAUAAAAGAAUAGGAGAAUUACCACCUCACAUCUUCGCCAUCGCCGACAAUGCUUACUAUCGCAUGUUACGAGGGCUCAGGGACCAGUGUGUCAUUAUCAGUGGUGAAAGUGGAGCAGGAAAGACUGAGAGUGCUAAGCUGAUCCUACAAUUCUUAGCAGCAGUGAGUGGCCAGCAUUCAUGGAUUGAACAGCAAAUUAUAGAAUCAAAUCCCAUCAUGGAAGCCUUUGGGAAUGCCAAGACGAUCAGGAAUGACAACUCAAGUAGAUUUGGAAAGUACAUUGACAUUCAUUUUCAAGAGAGGGGUGUCAUCGAAGGGGCAAAGAUUGACCAGUAUCUGCUCGAGAAAUCAAGACUUGUUGGUCAGCUCAACGAUGAGAGGAACUAUCACAUCUUCUACUGUAUCCUGGCUGGUAUGCCUGAUCAAGAGAAGAAUGAACUGGAACUCACCAAGGCAAAGGAUUACCAUUACCUCAUACAGGGCAACUGCAUCGAUUGCCCCGGUAGAAACGACCGUGAGGACUUCUCCACCAUCCGGGCUGCCAUGAAGGUCCUGAACUUCACCGACGACGAAAUCUGGGAUAUCUUCAAGCUUCUGGCGUCCAUCCUGCAUCUCGGUAACAUCAAGUACACCGCCAUUGAGAAGUCCAACCUGGAUGCUACAGGAUUCAAAGACCACUCACAGACAGCCAAGGUGGCCAAGCUCCUAGCUGUGAACCAGAAAGCCCUGGAAGAAGUCUUGACCACCAAGUCAACGACAGCAUCCGGUGAGGUGAUCAUCUCACCGGUCAGUCACGCCAAAGCCAUUGAUAUGAGGGAUGCCUUUGUCAAAGCUAUCUAUGGCCGCCUCUUCGUCUGGAUCGUCAACAAGCUCAACGUCGCCACAUUCAAGGAGCACGACAGGAGUACAGGGAAGAGGGUCAGCAUUGGUCUCCUGGAUAUCUUUGGCUUUGAGAACUUCGGCAAGAACAGCUUUGAACAGAUGUGCAUCAACUACGCAAAUGAAAAUCUUCAACAGUUCUUCGUCAGGCAUAUAUUCAAGCUUGAACAGGAGGAAUACGACAGGGAAGGAAUCAAAUGGCAGCAUAUCAAGUUUGUGGAUAAUCAGGAAACCUUAGACCUGAUUGCUGUCAAACCCAUGAACAUCAUCGCCCUCGUUGAUGAGGAGUCUCGCUUCCCCAAGGGAUCUGAUGAGACCAUGUUGGCCAAGCUCAACAAGCAACACUGCAAGAACAAGCUCUACAUCAGCGGUGCCUCAGCAAAGGGCACCCUCUUUGGUAUCAAGCACUUCGCAGGAACUGUUUACUAUGAGGCAACCGGUUUCCUGGACAAGAAUCGAGACACCUUCAGCCCGGACUUCAUCCAGCUCAUCCGCACCAGUCAGAAUGGCUACCUCAAGACCCUCUUUGCCAACGACCUCUCCUCCACCACCGAGAUGCGCAAGAAGUCACCGACGCUGGGAGCGCAGUUCAAGAAGUCACUGGAUCUUCUGAUGAACACCCUUGGACAAUGCCAGCCUUUCUUUGUCCGUUGCAUCAAACCUAAUGAGCAUAAACAACCCAAUGACUUUGAGAGAGAGCUGGUAGUAAGACAAUUGCGAUACUCUGGCAUGAUGGAAACAAUCAGGAUCCGACGAGCUGGAUAUCCGAUCCGCCACACUUUCUCAGAGUUUGUAGACCGUUAUAGGAUGCUGGUACCGGGUAUCAAACCAUCUCAGAAGGAGGAUUGUCUCGCCGCUUGCAAGAAGAUCGGCAAAGCAUUCCUUCAAGGUGAAGAUUGGCAACUUGGACACAAGAAGGUCUUCCUAAAGGAUGCACAAGACUUGUACCUUGAGAGCGAGAGAGACAAGGCACUCACCGCAAAGUGCGUUGUCAUCCAGAAGGUCUUCCGAGGGUGGUUCUACAGGCGGCGUUUCCUCCAGAUGCGCAAUGCAGCCACCACCAUCAGCAAGGCAUGGCGCAAAUAUGCCCAGAGAAUCCGUUACCUCAAGAUGAAACGAGGAUACCUCAGACUUCAGGCAGUUAUAAGGGCGAGGAUCCUGGCGUAUAGAUAUGAGUUUACAAGGAGGAGAAUUAGAGGAUUUCAGGCUCAUGCCAGGGGAUUCCUGAUCCGUCAGACGACCAGAAAAUAUCGUAGCAGCAUCGUCAAGAUUCAAGCUGGUUUCAGAAUGGUAUUAGCGCGGAGAAAAUACAAGAAAUUAGUGGCAGAGCACCGUCGUCGUAUGGAAGCAGAGAGGGUUCGGAAGGAGGAAGAGGAGAAGCUGAAACGGAAGCUGGGAGCGAAGAAGGCUAAACAAGAGGCUGAAAGAAGAGCUCAGGCUCUUCUCCUAGAGCAGGAGAGAUUGGAGAGAGAACAAGAAGAACAGGAGAAGCGAGAGAGGAUGGAAAAGGUCGCUGCCAUCGAGAAGGCCGAACUCCGUCGCAAUCAACCUCGGACGGACGUGGAGGUGGUGGACGAGCUCUUCGGCAACAUUGACAUGAAUGAAGAGGAAGGACAAGGUCCGAAAGGUUUCGAGGAUCUGGAGGCCUCGCACAUGAGAGCGGUCAGUACAGGUGAUUUUGACACCAUGAAGCCUCACGUGCCGGAUGCAGAUGAAGACAUCUCGGAGUAUCGCUUCGAGAAGUUCGCUGCAACGUACUUUGAAGCCGGCCACACCCAGUACCACAUACGCAAACCUAUCCAUGAGCCCUUGCUCGAUCUCAAGAAUGAGAAUGACAGACAGGCUGCCUUAGCUGUUUGGAUUAUGAUCUUGAGGUUUAUGGGUGAUCUACCAGAGCCAAAGGCAUCUGCAUCAAUCGCUGACAGGGAUGGAAAAUCAGUAAUGACUAAGAUCUACAAUACAUUAGGAAGAUCAAAGGGAAAAGCAACAGCUGAGCAAAUGAUGAUUGGAGAUGAUAUGAUUCCUACCGACGCGCCCAACUCUGGCAUCGGGGGUCGCAACAAGAACACGAUGAGACGCAAGCUGGUUUCCAUGACGCUCAAGAAGAAGUCCAAGAUCAGUCAGGAGAUGGCUCAGAGGAUACAGGACGGCAAUGAAGGUGACGUGGGGAACAGCAUGCUGAUUGAUAGACCGACCUCUAACCUCGAGAAACUCCAUUUCAUCACCGGCCAUGGACUUCUCCGCCCAGAGCUCAGGGAUGAGAUCUACUGUAUGAUUUGUAAACAGCUGACUAACAAUCCUUCUCAGACCAGUCUACCUCGAGGUUGGAUCCUCCUCUCCCUAUGCGUCGGAUGCUUUGCACCUACUGACAGGUUUGUGAAGUAUCUGAGGUGUUUCAUCCUGACCGAAGGUCCGCCUGGCUAUGCAGCUUACUGUGAAGAGAGACUAAGGAGAACACUAGCCAACGGAACCAGGAGUCAACCGCCAAGCUGGCUGGAACUUCAGGCUACCAAGACCAAGAACCCUCUAAUGCUGCCCAUCACGUUCAUGGAUGGAACGACCCGUACCCUUCUUGCUGACUCCGCUACCACUGCCAGGGAGCUGUGUCAGCUCCUAGCCCAGAAGAUCGGUCUCAAAGACCAGUUUGGGUUCUCACUCUACAUUGCCCUCUUUGAGAAGGUGUCAUCUUUAGGAAGUGGAGGAGACCAUGUCAUGGAUGCCAUCUCACAGUGCGAACAGUACGCCAAAGAGAAGGGAGCGCAGGAGAGGAACGCUCCUUGGAGGUUGUUCUUCAGGAAGGAGAUCUUUGCCCCGUGGCACGACCCCACGGCCGACCCCGUCGGAACCAAUUUGAUCUACCAACAGAUUGUCAGAGGUGUCAAAUUCGGAGAGUACCGAUGUGAUAAGGAUGAAGAUUUAGCAGCCAUUGCUGCUCAGCAAUACUAUGUGGAAUACAAGAGUGAUAUGUCCUACGACCGUCUUCUAAAGCUCGUCCCAUCCUACAUUCCUGAUAACGCCAUGACAGGAGCAAGAACGGCCGAGAGAUGGGCACAGAUGAUCAGUAGACAACACACAAGCAGCUACUACGUCAAAGAUCGUGAGGACCCCGUCCGCGUCAAGGAGGACGUCGUCCGGUACGCCCAGCUCCGAUGGCCGCUCCUCUUCUCGCGAUUCUACGAGGCAUACAAGUUCUCCGGUCCAAGCCUCCCAAAGAACGAGGUGAUCAUCGCUGUGAACUGGACAGGAGUGUAUGUGGUGGAUGACCUAGAGCAGGUGCUCCUGGAGCUCUCCUUCCCAGAGAUCACCCAGGUUUCAAGCAGCAGGACGGGUAAACUUCAUGGUCAGAGUUUCACCCUGCUGACCGUCAAGGGGGAAGAGUUCACCUUCACAUCGUCCAAUGCCGAAGACAUCAGGGAUCUCAUCGUCUACUUCCUGGAUGGACUCAAGAAGAGAUCUAGAUAUGUGGUAGCGCUCCAGGACUGUCCUAAGCACAGUCAAGGGUCAUCAUACCUCAACUUCAAGCGUGGAGAUCUGAUCAUCCUGGAGCAGGAGAACGGUGACCAGGGGAUGAACCAAGGCUGGUGCUACGGCCAGAACGACAGCACUGGACAGAAAGGAGACUUCCCGGCUGAUUGCGUCUAUGUUCUCCCGACCAAGACAAAACCACCCAAUGAGGUCGUGGCUUUGUUCACAAUGCACCCUGCAGAGAUGGUGGACCGUACGAUUGGACCAGCUGAUAUUGCCAUGAAUCAGGAUAUCCCAAACAAACAACAUACGCUGGAAGAAUUCUCCAUUGAUCACUUCAGACCGCCUCCCAAGCGUACCAUAGGAAAAGCAAUGCGACGCACCAAAGAGACCAUCUGGAACCAUGCUAAGGAGCCAAUGAGACAACCUCUCCUCAAGAAACUUCUUCAGAACUCUGAACUCUCCAUGGAGGCCUGCAGAAUAUUUGAAGCUAUUUUGAGGUAUAUGGGAGAUUUUCCAGGCAAGAGGGUCACCCGACAUGGCAAUGAUCUAACAGACAGAAUCUUUGAGCCAGCAUUGAAGGCCGAGCCUCUGAAGGAUGAGGUUUAUUGUCAAGUCAUCAAACAACUCACAGAUACCAAGAAUAGACUGAGCGAGGAACGUGGCUGGGAGCUGAUGUGGCUACUCACCGGAAUCUUCGCCUGCAGUCAGACCCUGCUACCGGAGGUCACCAAGUUCCUACGCUCAACCCGCCACCAGCUGGCCCUCAACUGCCUCAACCGGCUGCAGAAGACGAUGAGGUUCGGCCAGCGCAAGUACCCUCCUCACCUGGUGGAGGUAGAGGCCAUCCAGCACAAGACCACCCAGAUCUUCCACAAGGUCUACUUCCCGGAUGAUACUGAUGAGGCCUUUGAAGUGGACUCAGGAACCAGGGCUAAGGAUUUCUGCCGUAGCAUCAGUCAGAGAUUACGACUUGUCUCACCAGAAGGAUUCAGUCUCUUUGUCAAGAUUGUCGAUAAGGUUAUCAGUGUACCAGAGGGAGAUUUCUUCUUUGACUUUGUUCGUCACCUGACGGACUGGAUCCGUAAAGCUCGGCCAAAUAGAGAUGGUGGUGUGCCCUUGACCUACCAAGUAUUCUUCAUGAAGAAACUCUGGACCAACACCGUCCCGGGCAAGGACCGCAAUGCCGACAUCAUCUUCCACUACCACCAGGAGUUGCCCAAGUUGCUGCGUGGCUACCACAAGUGUAGCAAGGAGGAGGCGGCGCAACUGGCGGCUCUCCAGUACCGGGUCCGCUUUGACAACGACAAGACAGAGUUUCAGAGCAUCCCGAAGCUGCUGAAGGAGUUGGUUCCUGCCGACCUGCAGAGGGUGCAGUCUCCUGAGGAAUGGAAACGGUCCAUCGUUGGAGCGUACAACAAGCAUGCUGGGAAAUCACAGGACGAUGCCAAGAUAGCCUUCUUGAAGAUCAUCUACAGAUGGCAGACCUUUGGAUCAGCUUUCUUUGAAGUCAGGCAAACAUCAGCUAAUCAUCUACCUGACAUUCUGCUGAUUGCUAUUAACAAACAUGGAGUUAAUCUUAUUGAUCCCAGGAACAAGGAGCCAUUAGCAACUUAUCCAUUCACCAAGAUCUCCAACUGGAGCUCUGGGAACACCUACUUCCACAUGACUAUCGGCAAUCUGGUCGGUGGUACCAAGCUUCUCUGUGAAACAUCACUGGGCUACAAGAUGGAUGACCUUUUGACCUCUUACAUCAGUCAGAUGCUGACCAACAUGAAUAAACAACACGUGAGGUGAGCGGGUGGUCAGAGAUGGACAAGUGGUCAAUUCUGCUUGAUGAUUAAUCAUAAUGUAGUCACUCCGUUCCACACAUUUUCACAGUUGCAUGCUGGGUAAUUGUGAGGUAAACAACAGAAUAGGGCUGAAAUUUAUCAAGGCAAGUUCGAGAUCAUUAUUCACGUAGGUCUACUAAUGUAUAUCCAUUUCAGCAUGGUGGAAAAUGUGAUGUGAGUAAUCACACACUGAUUCGAUGUCCAGCUUGGGAAAUGAUUAUUAGAGCAUAUCAUAUGGGAGGGUGGUAGGAGAGUGGUCUAACAAAUUAUUUUGCAUACUGUACAUGACAUUGUGGUCUAGGUAAAAAAGGGACUCUCAACUUCAGCUUGAUCACGGUUUAAUUGAUAUUUAACCAUGAAAUUUUGAGAUUUCUAUAUCCAUUUAUACAAAAUGUUUGCCUGAAAUAUGGCAUAUUUCAAU